UCUUCCUUUCUUUCUUUCUUGCUCUCUCAUUCCUUUUUGCUGCCUCUUCUUGUCCCUCAUCAAUGGCUUCCUCUCUAUGGUCUCCUUUGUCCCUUCUUGCCACUUUGCUUCUCAUGCAAACUCUGGCACAGGCUCAAACAAGUAGCGACUCUUUCGUUCAUUCUCGGGCUGCAUAUUAUCCAAAUUCUGACGAAAAAGGAACAGAUUCUGGCGCUUGUGGGUUCGGUUCCUUUGGAGCUACGAUUAAUGGUGGGGAUGUAUCAGCUGCAUCUGACCUCUACAGAAAUGGUGUUGGCUGUGGUGCUUGCUACCAGGUGAGGUGCACCAACGCAGCCUACUGCUCAGAUAAAGGAGUAAACGUAGUUAUAACCGACCAAGGCUCAAGUGAUCGCACCGACUUCAUUCUGAGCAAGCGAGCCUUUGGUCGGAUGGCGCAGACUACUGACGCGGCUGCUUCUCUUCUAAAUCUUGGUGUCGUUGAUAUCGAGUACAGACGUGUGUCAUGCAGCUACCCGAGCAAAAACAUAAUAUUCAAGAUAGAUGAGAACAGCAACUACCCUAACUAUUUGGCUUUCGUCAUUUGGUAUCAGCAAGGCAACAAAGAUAUCACUGCUGUGCAGCUCUGUGAGACUCAGAAUCUGGGGUGCAAGCUAUUGGAUCGUAGCUAUGGAGCAGUGUGGACAACUACGUCACCCCCAAGUGGACCUUUGUCUAUAAGAAUGUUGUUCAGUGACGGGGAUGAUGAGUCAUGGGUGGUCCCUACGAACAACGUGCCCGGAGACUGGAAAGCAGGAGAAACAUAUGACUCGGGAGUACAAGUGAAUAUAUAGGACGGACAACCUUAAAUAAAUAAAUUAAUAUUGUUACGUACAAUAUUAAUUUGUCUGACGUCAUAUAUAGUAGUUAUAUUAUUUUAUAUAUAGUUUUGAAAUAAGUUCCCACUGUAUUCUCUAUGUAGUUGAUUCGAUAUAUUUUAUUGUUUUAUUAUUAAUUUGGAGAUGGGGGGUGGGGAUAGGCUUUCUUUAUGAGAGAAAUAGAAGAAUUCUUGAAUGUAAUCAUUACAUUGUUGACUAAUAAAAGUCCGGGUCAUGACUUUACCUCCUUCAAUUGGAUUACAGCCGUCGUUGUUC